CAAUGGCUUAAGUAUUAUUAUGAUGCAUGGUUUAAUUCUAAACCUAUCUCUAUUUUAUCUGAAUUAAUACAAUAUAAACAAGGAAUUGAUCUAUAUGAUACUAAGUCAUUCAUGCAUUUUGGUGGCAAUUUAGUAGAUUUUUUGGAAUCAACUGAAGGAGUAGGCCCGGAAUUAGCUCAAGUAGCAAUUCGUAUUCAUGGUAUCUGUGUUAACUCUGCAUCUGUAGAAUAUUUGUGGUUAUUUAUAGGAUUAUUACAUACUAGUCGUCAGAAUCGUGAUAUUUUUCAUACUCGCAAAAUCAAAAAUUCAAAAGAAUAUGAUAAUUGUAUUCGUCGGUUACAUAUUGCAGCACCUAUAUCAUCAGAUGAUGAAUCCUCUGAAGAAUUAACUAUCCCUGACUUGGAUUACCAAGUAAGCGACAAUGAAAGUGAAAGUAAUAUCGAUGAAGCAAUUACUGGGACUAGUAAUGUUGAGAAAGUAGCUCCUGGGUCUAAUACUGAGUCUGGUAAUAUUAAAGAAGCAACUACUAAAUCUAGCAAUUGGAUGAAUCAGAAUUUUGAAGAUGAAGUUUUAAUUACAGAAAAAGAGCAACAGUGGGAAAAUACGAUUAAUGAAUAG